AUGAACGGAGAGAUUUCUUUGAAAGAUUUGAAAGCGCUUCUAGACGAUAACAGCAUAGAUUUAAGUAUGCGUGAGUUAGUAUCUAUUCCAGCAAAACCUUUGAGUAAAAUCCCGCGUGCUACAAACCUCGACUUUUCGAACAAUUUGAUAACGUCCAUCCCAAUAGAUUUCUGCUGGUUAACGCAUAUCACCAAGUUGGAUCUCAGCAACAACCAUAUUGUCCAUUUGCCAGAAGAAUUCGGCCAACUGACAAACCUCGUUCAUCUCGACCUUUACAAAAAUGAAAUUGAAGAACUCCCUUUAUCUUUCGGGGAAUUGAUUUCAUUAAAAUGGUUGGAUCUAAAAGGCAAUCCUUUGGAAAUAGAACUUUCACAAGCAGCGGGCGAUUGUUUGGAUGAAAAAGGCUGCAAAACGGCUGCUUUGAAUGUUGUGCGACUCAUGCGUUAUCGAUACGCCAAGCAACAUCAACUUCUUGAAAAACAGAAAUUUGUCAAAAAACGUAUGCAAUCUGAGGAUAGCGAUGCAGUCAUUCAUGGUUCAACUAUUCAAAAAGAAAAAACGAAGAAAAAGAAAAAUAAGCAUCGAGAUCUGGUUUAUGAACAUUUGGGGCCAGCUGCUGAACAUGCUCAACAAGGUGGAUCUCGGACUGUACUAAGAAAGAACGAAAAGUCAAAUCAUGAAAUGAAAAGCAGCGGAAAGCGCAAUCGUUUAGUGAUAUCUAUUUGGCGGAAAAUCUUUACUAUUUUGUUCGUCUUUACGUUGGUUAUGUCCAUACUUGCUGUUGUUGUGGUGUUGAGUAGCUGCAUUGGUGAGCCGCGACGCUGGUUCUUGUCAUCAAAACCGUUCUGUGAGGAUCUAGAAACACUAGUGAAGAAACAUUCAUUUCCAUCAACGAUUUCUGGCAAUUUCUUCCUUUCAAUCACAUCGUUAUUAAAGCUAUAUCUUAAUGCUGCUAGUGAAGUUUGGAAGGAGUUGGAGCAAAAGUAUGAUUUACUUUAUAUGAAAUUGGUCUCAGUGGGAUUAUUAGUGCAAGGCUACGCGAUGUAUAAGUACGACAAUUUCAUGGCUUUUUACAAUGCACAUGUAGCGGAUGCUGUCAAUAGUGCUGGGAAGAAUAUAUGGCUUUUAUUGAGGAUAUUUGGCUUGAUGAUCGCUGACUUAUUGAUGCUUAUUGUUGGCGAAAGCUUCUUCUUCGUUUCAUCGGUUGUUGAAACGAUAUUUACAUAUGUCUACAGAGAUGAUCAUUCGGCAGGAUUAGUGGAGCAAGAUGUAGAACGAUGA